AUGAAGUUCUACAUCGAGGACCUGCCAGUCCUGUUCCCGUACCCGAGGAUAUAUCCAGAGCAAUAUGCAUAUAUGUGCGACCUCAAACGCACGCUGGAUGCUGGCGGCCACUGCGUGCUCGAGAUGCCCUCAGGGACUGGCAAAACAGUAUCACUUUUGUCGCUGAUUGUUGCAUACCAGCAAUUCUACCCAGAAGCGCGCAAGCUGAUCUACUGCUCUCGAACAAUGUCCGAAAUCGAGAAGGCGCUUGCGGAGUUGAAAGCUCUUAUGAAGUAUCGCGCUGAUCAACUUGGAGAAGCGGAAGACUUUCGCGGUCUUGGUUUGACUAGUCGAAAGAACCUGUGCCUUCAUCCUUCGGUUCGACGCGAGAAGAGUGGAUCUGUGGUCGAUGCACGUUGUCGAAGUCUCACAGCUGGCUUCGUCAAAGAGAAGAAAGAGCGUGGCGAAGAUGUCGAUCUGUGCAUUUACCACGAUAACCUCGACUUACUCGAACCUCACAAUCUCAUUCCACCGGGUGUUUGGACGCUUGACGGUAUGCUGCAAUACGGCGAACAGCACAAACAGUGCCCAUACUUCACAGCACGACGGAUGAUGCCGUUCUGUAAUGUAAUCAUUUACUCGUACCACUAUCUCCUGGACCCAAAGAUUGCCGAAAGAGUAUCGAAGGAACUCUCCAAAGACUGCAUCGUGGUGUUCGACGAAGCUCACAACAUCGACAAUGUAUGCAUCGAGUCUCUCAGCAUAGACUUGACUGAAGACUCUCUUCGCAAAGCUGCGAGAGGAGCCAGCAAUUUGGAGCAGAAGAUUACGGAAAUGAAAGAUACCGAUGCUGAAAAGCUUCAGAACGAAUACGCAAAGCUUGUUGAAGGUCUUCGCGAGGCAGACGAGGCACGAGACGAAGGAGCCUUCAUGUCCAAUCCGGCACUACCGGACGAUCUGCUGAAAGAAGCCGUGCCUGGCAACAUCAGGCGAGCAGAACACUUCACUGCAUUCUUGAAGCGCUUCAUCGAGUAUCUCAAGACUCGAAUGAAAGUCCUCCAUGUCAUCUCGGAGACUCCACCUUCGUUCUUACAGCACUUGAAAGAGCUCACAUUCAUCGAGAAGAAGCCCUUGCGGUUCUGCGCAGAACGACUCACAUCGCUCGUACGAACGCUAGAGCUGACGAACAUUGAGGACUACCAGCCUUUGCAACAGGUGGCGACUUUCGCGACACUUGUGGCAACAUAUGAUACUGGGUUCCUACUCAUACUGGAGCCUUACGAAUCAGAUUCAGCAACGGUGGCGAACCCAAUUCUGCACUUCACAUGUCUUGAUGCCGCAAUUGCCAUCAAACCUGUUUUUGAUCGAUUCAGCUCUGUCAUCAUCACUUCUGGAACAAUUUCGCCUCUCGAGAUGUACCCAAAGAUGCUUGGCUUCGAGGCAGUCGUGCAGGAGUCAUAUGCCAUGACAUUGGCGAGAAGGUCGUUCUUGCCUAUGAUUGUGACUCGAGGUGCAGAUCAGGCUCCUAUCUCAUCCAACUUUCAGAGACGCAACGACCCCAAUGUCGUGAAGAACUAUGGACAGCUCCUCAUCAAGUUUUCCAAGCUCACUCCCGAUGGUAUUGUGGUUUUCUUCCCGUCCUACCUCUACAUGGAGAGUGUCAUCUCGAUGUGGCAGAACAUGGGAAUUCUCGACGAUGUGUGGAAGAGCAAGCUUAUUCUGGUGGAAACACCUGAUAGUCAAGAGACUUCACUUGCGCUGGAAACAUACCGAACAGCGUGCAGCAAUGGCAGAGGCGCCGUCCUGCUGUGUGUCGCCAGAGGCAAGGUCUCUGAAGGCAUCGAUUUCGACCAUCACUACGGCAGAACUGUGCUUUGCAUCGGCAUUCCCUACCAGUACACAGAGUCAAGAAUUCUUAAAGCUCGCCUCGAGUUCUUGCAGGAGACUUAUCGCAUCAAAGAUUCGACAUUCUUGGCCUUCGAUGCUAUGCGACAUUGUGCUCAGUGUCUGGGACGUGUCUUGCGUGGCAAAGAUGACUACGGGAUCAUGGUGAUGGCAGAUGACCGGUUCAAGAAGAGGAAAGAGCAGCUGCCCAAGUGGAUAGGCAGCGCGCUCAUGGAUGCCGACUCCAACAUGUCUGUUGACCAAGCCGAGGCCGCUGCCAAGAAGUUCUUGAAGCAGAUGAGCAAGCCUUUUCCAGCACAUGUGCAAGAUGGCAUCAGUACUUGGAGCUAUGAAGACUUGAUGGCCCACAAGCAGAAAGCAGAGGCUGAAGUGGAGCGUCAAGAGAGGAAUGGUGAGCUUAACGGCGACCAUCACCUCCACGGCGAUCAGAUCAUGGCUGAGGCACAAGCUGAGGAAGAGGCGAUGUACAACGAUCCGGCCAUGGACGCAGCAAUGCUAGAGCUUGAUAGAUAG